UGUGGACCCCAAGACGAAUCAGCAGGAGCAAAGGCAGGAGGAGCAAGAGCAGACGAAAAAGCAGGAGCAGGACAAGCCGGCUAUCUACGCAAUGUGGCUGACUUACGACUUUCUGCGCAUUUGGCAUCACUCAGCCUUCAAAAUGCUGAGAGACGAGCAGAAAAAGCUCAAGCCGGAGCGGGAGAAGAUUGUAGUGGCGAUGCAGGACAUCAUCGUGCGGUUUGGGGCCGUAUGGAUCGAACGGGUAACACUUGGAGGACAGCACAUCAGCACACGAACCGAGGAGCUAGUGGCAGACACGAGAUCACGGGAGAAGACAAGGACGUCGUCGGCAUCCUUAGGGGGACACGAAGCUGGUGCAGCGGCGCGCUUCAGCGUGUCAGCAGGGAAGUCGAAGCAGGCCCAAGCCGAAACAUCGAAGAACACCCGCACCAGCGAGGUUCACGCGACUGGCGGAGACACGAUUACGUUCCAGUCAGAUAACCGCACAGAUUGGAUCCACUCCAUCUGUGCCACCCAGAACUGGAGGAUCAUCAGGUACCGCAAGAUACAAGAGCUGAGCACGGCUCCUGGGCUAGACGUCCCGCUUUUCGGAGACUUGGAGAAAGAUCACACGGAUUUGGAUGACACGUGGAAGUCUAUCGAUGUAAGGGAGCUUCUAAGGAGGAGAUUGAAGGUCGUGGCUGAGGACGUUGCGGAGCUCGAGGCAGAGAAGGUGGAUGUCGACCCAAGCGCAAGAGAGCUUUCAAGAGAGCUUUUGUACUGUUCGCAUUGCGCCAGCUUCUACUGUCAGAUCUGUCAGACCUCCCAUACAUGA